AUUGUCUAUAAAAGGCAUCGUUGUUGAGGCAAAAGCUGUCACAGACACUGGGGAGCAGUCUGUGACAGACACCUCAGCAACACCUGUGUGAAAGCCUGAGGAGGAAAAGAUGAAACUGGUCUUCCAAGUCACAGUUGGGCUGCUGGCCUUGUGUCUCUCAAGCUGCACAGUAAGAUGGUGCACAAUAUCUGAUCCUGAGCAGACAAAAUGUAUGGAACUGCAAACAUGCUUGGCAGGAACCCCCCCAGUGAGCUGUGUCAGGAAGGGGAGUUACCGUGAUUGCAUAGAAGCCAUUGCAAACUCUGAAGCAGAUGCUAUCACCCUCGAUGGUGGCCUUGUUUAUGAAGCAGGCUUGGCCCCAUACAAUUUGAAGCCUGUUGCAGCGGAGGUAUAUGGAAAAGAAUGUGCUACCAGUUACUAUGCUGUGGCUGUUGUGAAGAAAGGAACAGACAUUUCCUCCCUUUGUGGGCUCCAAGGGAAAAAAUCUUGCCACACUGGCUUUGGCAGAUCGGCCGGAUGGGUCAUACCAAUAGGAAGAUUGCUGGAAAAAAACUGUAUACAAUGGCAAGGAGCAGAACAAGAGCCUUUACCAAAAGCGGUAGCCAGGUUUUUCUCAGCCUCCUGUGUCCCUGAGGCUCCCAAAAGUGAGCCAAAUCUGUGCCGUUUGUGUCACGAUCCUGUACAGUGCUCUUCCUCUGAUCCCUAUGCAGGCUAUGCUGGAGCUUUAAAAUGUCUGAAAGAUGGAGCUGGAGACGGGUGCUUUGUGAAAGAUGCAACUGUACAAAGCCUCUCUGAAGAAGAGAAGAGCAAUUAUGAGUUACUUUGUGAUGAUGGCACCAGAAAGCCAAUAGAUGAGUACAAAGUCUGUAACCUGGCUAGAGUUCCUGCUCAUGCUGUGGUGGCGCGAAGCGUUGAUGGUCGGACUGAUGAGAUCUGGAACCUGGUCUCUACAUUACAGGAACGGUAUCCCAAGGGUACUACAGGACAGUGUCAAUUUUUUGGAUCCUCUCAUGGGAAAGACCUCCUAAUUAAAGACUCUGCUGAGAAACUUAUCCGUGUUCCUGCAAAAAUGGAUACUCAACUCUUCCUGGGCCCCCAGUAUUAUGCUGCUAUUCAGAAUAUCAGAAAAGAGAGACCUACUCCUGAUACAACAAACAAGGUUCGGUGGUGCACCAUUGGCAGGGAUGAGAAGGCAAAGUGUGACACCUGGAGUGCAGUGAGUGGAGGUGUCAUCGAGUGUGCUGUGGCUGACAGUCCAGAAGAUGCCAUUGUCAAGAUUCUAAAAAAUGAAGCUGAUGCUGUGAGUUUAGAUGGAGGUCUCGUCUAUAUUGCAGGAGAAUGUGGCUUGGUGCCAGUAGUGUCAGAAAUCACCAGUGAAAAGGAUAUUGAAGCAUGCCGUACUGAAGGAACAGAGAUCCUAGGCACCUAUUAUGCUGUAGCUGUUGUCAAGAAAAGCAAUCGUGACAUCUCGUGGAAUACCCUGCAAGGAAAGAAGUCUUGCCAUACCGCCCGGGGUAGAACUGCUGGUUGGAACUUACCCAUGGGACUGAUUAUCAAUGAGACUGGAAUUACUGAUGUUGAUCACUUCUUCAGUGAAGGCUGUUCUCCAGGGUCACCUGUGGACUCUCCACUCUGCAACUUAUGUGUGGGCAGUGGCAGCACUCCCCCUGUGCACAAGUGUGCACCUAACAGCAACGAGCUCUAUUAUGGCUAUACUGGUGCUUUUCGGUGUUUGGUAGAGUCACCAACAGCAGAUAUAGCCUUUGUUAAACAUACCACCGUCACUGAGAACACAGAUGGAAACAACCAAGAUGUUUGGGCAAGUAAUCUGAAGAGUGAGGACUAUGAGCUGCUGUGCCGCAAUGGUGAACGUGCACCAAUUUCUUCAUAUAGCACUUGCAAUUUGGGUAAAGCUCCCCCUCAUGGAGUAGUAACACGAGCUGACCGAGCAGAUCAUGUCCGCCGUGUGUUGGCUAAUCAAGAGGCGCUCUAUGGAAGCAAUGGAUCAGAAAAAAAUAUAUUUCAGAUGUUUGAGUCUGAUGAUCCCAAGAAGAAAGAUAUUUUGUUCAAGGAGGGGACCCGUUGCUUUGGCAAAGUCAAAAAGGGAACAACCUAUGAGGAGUUUCUGAGCAAUGACUACGUGGCUGCUAUUAGGUCAAUCAACAAGCUCUCACCUUCAGGCCUUGUUGAAGCCUGCACCUUCCACCAUCGUGGCUGCACUCCUAGCAAUGAAAAAACACAACACACCGGCAACUGAGAAGCCUGGUUGCUUUGACUUUGAACUUGGGAAUCUCUCCAGCUGUCUUUUUUUCCUUAACAUUGCGAAAGAAAAAAAAAGUGUUCAGGCUUCUGGCUUUAUAACUCCAUGGUGUUGCAGUAAAAAAUAAAUAACAUUAACUCUCACCACUCAGUCAUUUCUAUUUGCUAUAAUUAGUGAUUUAUUUAGUAUUCUUUUCUUACGGUCACAUUUUGUAGAAAAUAUUCACCAAGAUCCGAAGGAUUACUUCAGGGCUUGGGCAUGUCUAGCGCAGUUUUUUACUUUUCUUUUGAACAUCAGACGCUGCCAUGUCACCAACUCCUUCAGAAACACUGCCUCUAUUUCAAAAGAUCUUUGUUGUGCACCUUGGGCUGGUAGAUAGCAUAAUUAGAACUCUGAACCUUCCCUGGAGUUUCACAUUAUAUGAAUCCAAUUCAGUGCAAUAAAACCUAAACAUCA